AUGGUGUCGACACGGGAGGAGAGCGUGCACAUCGCGAAGCUGGCGGAGCGGUACGAGAGAUGGUGGAGUUCGUGGAGCUCGUGGCGCGGUCCGCGGUCCGCGGGCGGGGCCGGCGGCGGGGAGGAGCUCUCCGUCGAGGAGCGCAACCUGCUGUCCGUCGCCUACAAGAACGUCAUCGGCGCCCGCAGGGCGUCGUGGCGGAUCAUCUCCUCCAUCGAGCAGAAGGAGGAGGGCCGCGGGAACGAGGCCCACGCCGCCUCCACCCGCGCCUACCGCUCCAAGAUCGAGGCCGACUUCGCCCGCAUCUGCGACAGUAUCCUCGCGCUCCUCGACUCCCACCUCCUCCCCUCCGCCGGAGCCGGCCGACCACGCCGCCGGGGUCGGGGCCGCCGCGCCGCUGGGUCCGCCGCCGGGGUCAGGGCCGGUCGGCAAGCCCGCGCCGCCGGGACCGCGCAGCUAGGCCGCCGCGCCGCCGGGUCCGCCGCCGAGUCGGAGCCGGUCGGCCUUGCCGUCGGGUGGAGCCGACCGGCCACCCCCGCCGCUGGGGCGGCGGCUCGCUCCCGCCGGGGUCGCGCCGGCCGCCUCCGCCGCCGCCAGGGGCGGGACCGAGGUGGCCACGCCGGCCUCUGCGCCUGCUGCCUCCGCCGCCGGGGCCGGGGACGACCUGGCUGCGCCGCGCCUGCCGCCUCCGCCGUCGGGGUGCUGGUUAUACGGGCGCAGCGGAGCGCGCCGUUCUUCCUAGUUACCUACACAGCUGACGGACUUGAAGAUAAACAGAGAGAAGUGUCAACUUCUAUCUUCCACAAAAAGAAUUUCCACAACUCCACUCCACGGAUCAGGCUGAAGCUGACGUCAAGAAAAAAUCGCAACCAGCUAUCAGCAUGUGUCAUUCUCUCUGGUAGAAAUUUCAUUUCUCUGAAAAAAGAUGUCCCCACAUGUGAUGGACCCCAGAAGAUUAUUUGACCGACCACCUCGACGUGUUUGAACGUUUGACCACUGUGCCCGUGUGUGCUCUCUUGUCUCUGUUCCUCCGGUAGCAGAAACAAAGAACUGUUCGGCUGGACUUAUAAGCUGGCUGAAAAGUUGAAACGAUUGAUUUGUUGUGAGAAAAAAAUAUUGUUCGAUGGCUGAUAAGUCGGCUGAUAAGCUGAAGCGAACGGAACCAAAAUCCUCCGUUACUGCA